CCUGGAGAUUGUCCACGUUUACAGCAUUCAGACACCGCUGCCCUGCUCAACAUCUGCAACCUCGGCCUUCUGCGUAAAGAGUGCAAACGGCUCCAGGCCUCGCAUUUAUCUAUUUUAUAGCUAUUAUUGUUUCUUGGUUUGAAUCCUUCUAACUUAUUUGACCUUAUUCUGCAAAUAUGUUUGCCUGCUGCGUUGUAUUUAUUCUCUUUACUGCGUGGUCUACCGUUGAGUGCAAUCCAAGUCCUGGGUUAGGAGAUGUAGUCGUGGACAGACACUUCACCCCCCAAGUCUGUGCAAGAGAGGCGAAAGAGGGCGAUUAUGUCCGCUAUCACUAUAACGCCACUUUCGUCGACGGGAAAACAUUUGAUUCGAGCCACACGAACGGGGACCCGAAGGUGGGCCUGCUCGGGGGCCGACUCAUCGCUGGAAUUGACAAAGGUCUGCAGGGCAUGUGCGUGAAUGAGCGCACAACGAUCACCGUGCCGCCUCACCUGGCCUACGGAAGCGCUGGUGCAGGUGAAGUGAUUCCUCCAGAUGCCACCCUGGUUGAAAUCCAUCUGUUGGAUGUGUGGAACAAAGCCGACCUGGUUGUCACCAAAACCAUCAGCACUCCCAAAGACUGCAAGCGCUCCGUGAUGCGCACUGACUUUGUGCGCAACCAUUUCAACGGCAGUCUGCACGACGGCACCGUCUUUGAUUCCAGCUACACCAAGAAGCAGACCCAUGACUCCUUAGUGGGUGAGGGUUGGCUGAUUAAGGGCAUGGAUGAAGGCCUGAUGGGCAUGUGUGUGGGAGAGAUCAGAAAUAUUGUAGUCCCGCCCUUCAAAGCCUACGGAGAAAAAUCACCAGGUACAGAUAUCCCCGCCCAGGCGACCCUGGUGUUCGAUGUCCUGUUGGUGGACAUUCAUAACUCAAAGGAUAAUCUCACUAUUGAGAACCAGGUGUUGCCUGAGUCGUGCACAAGACGCAAAUCUGUGUCUGGGGAUUAUGUCCGGUACCACUACAAUGGCACCUUCCUGAACGGAGUCACCUUUGACACCAGCUACCAGAGGAACAGCACCUACAACACCUACAUCGGGAUGGGGUAUGUGAUAACAGGCAUGGACCAGGCCCUCAUAGGAGUCUGCAUUGGAGAGAAGCGGAGGGUCAUCAUCCCUCCACACCUGGCGUAUGGAGAGCAAGGAGCAGGGGCAUCAAUCCCCCCUAAUGCUGCGCUGGUGUUCGAGAUUCACGUCAUCGACUUCCACAACCCCAACGACACGGUGAACAUCCAGAUCACCCACAAACCCGAGGCGUGUAAAGAGGUCACCGCGGAGAACGACCUUGUGCGCUACCACUACAACUGCAACCCUGGUGGACGCACGAAGCUCUUUUCCUCACACGACUAUGAGGACCUUCAGGAUGCAGUGCUGGGGUCGGACAAGGUCAUCGACGGGCUGGACGCAGGCUUGCGUGACAUGUGUGUGGGAGAGAAGAGAGUGAUCACAGUGCCGCCUCACCUUGGCCACGGAGAAAAAGGGGCCACUGGUGUGCCAGGUAGUGCUGUGUUGGUCUUUGACAUUGAACUGGUGAGCUUUGAGAAGGGAGUGCCCCCUGGUUACCUGUUUGUGUGGCUGGAGGAGAGCCCUACAGACCUGUUUGACGCCCUGGAUGUCAACAAGAACGAAGUGGUUCCCAGGAGGAGGUAUUUUGGGGAAUUCAUCAAGCUGCAGGUGGCGGAGGGCAAAGGUCGUAUCAAGCCAGGGAUGAUCAUGGAGCAGGUCAUUAUCGACAUGUAACAUCAGGACCGAAAUGAAGAUGGAGUGAUCACGGCCGAUGAACUCAAACUGAAGGUGGAUGAGGAUAAAGAAAGAGAAGAUGCGAGGCACGAGGAGUUGUGAUGAAAAAAAAACUAGUUUUAUUCUCUCUCAGGGAUGAACCCCAAAGCCUUAAGAACAAGCGAGAGACUUUCCAUCAUCAUGGUUUAAUAGUAUCUGUAUACAGUGAACAGUCUUUUUAAAUCACAAGAAAAUAGUGAAAAGGGUCUUUUUUUUGUGGAGUUCUGUGUUGUAUGAUUGUUUGUUUUUGAUAAUUGUAUUUCCGAAAACCAAACAAGCACCUUUAUUUGUCCAUGAAAGUCACA